AUGGCCUCUCUCAAGGGCCAGAGGACAAAGUCUCCAACCUAUUCGCACUUGCUCUAUCUCUCCGAGACCGACCGACAAAUCUUUACAACCCCGUCCUCAUCCUCACUCAGGUCAUCGCGCUCAGUGCACUCAUAUCAGACCGACACAACCGCGGCCUCGGCAUCAACCCGGGCCACGUCGAGAAUGAGUAUUCAAGCACCCCGCUUUGCCGAUGACCAUUACCCCCUCAUCACCACCAUCUACCCGGAAACGGUGCCAGAGUCUGUGCCAAAGGAUCACGCAGCGCUGUGGUGCGCGCGACAAAUGGCCCAGAUCCACAACACAAUGAUCCGAGCCUUGAACUCGGCCUGGAAUCAUGCCGUUACGAUCCAACCUUCCACACAAGAGGCCGAGGACUUUCUUUUCUUCAACCAACAGAUCUGUUCCACAUUGGAGCACCAUCACAGAGCCGAGGACGAGCACUUCUUCCCCACGCUGGAAGCCAUGCUUGGGAGGCCCGGUGGCGUUGAGAAAAUCGCAAAGGCCCACGAGUCCUUCGCCGAGGGCCUGGCCAUCUACCAGAAGUAUGUCUUCCUCACCAAGGCGUCCGAGUACAAUGGCGUCACCCUCAGGCACAUCAUCGAAGCCUUCGCUCCAGACUUGAUCCAGCACCUGCAUGAUGAGAUCUCGAUGCUCGUGGCCUUGCACGUGCUGGACUCCAAGUCUGUCAUGAAGGUGUGGAAGAGUUCCGAGCAACUCCCCGCCACGAAGUACUCGGACAUCUGUGUUCUUGGCCCAUGGAUACUGGGCUGCCAGGACAAGUCUUUCACCAUCGACGGACACAAGGCGGACUUCCCGGAGAUGCCUUGGAUCGUGGAGCUCGUGGCAAAGGGUUGGUUCGGCAGGCGCCAUGCAGGUGCUUGGAAGUUUUGUCCGAGUGAUCUGAAUGGCCGGAGGAGGCAGCUCUAUGUCUGA